CCCCGCCGUCGUACUCGCCCCGCGCCGCCGUCUGUGCUCGCCGCCAUGUCCACCUAUGCUGCGAACAGGGCGUCCUGGGGGGCCGGACUCCUUUCGCCCCUCUCGCCGACCAUCAUCGAGUCUAUCGAAGCGCGCUCCCGCGAUGUUCAGGAACGCACCUUCUGUAAAUGGCUCAAUACGAAGCUCGAGGCGAACGGGCACCCACCGAUGUCCUCUCUCGUGAAGGAUCUAUCGGAUGGUGUGCGGCUGAUUCAGCUCAUGGAAAUAAUGGGGGACACGUCGUUGGGACGGUACAACAAGACUCCUCGGAUGCGCAUCCAGAAAGCGGAGAACGUGAACAAGGCACUCGAAUUCAUUACAUCCAGGGGCGUAAAGUUGACGAAUAUUGGACCCGAAGACAUCAUCGACGGGAACCUGAAGCUCAUUCUCGGCAUGAUUUGGACCCUGAUUCUGCGCUUCACUAUUGCAGACAUCAGUGAGGAGGGGCUUUCCGCCAAAGAAGGUCUGCUUCUCUGGUGUCAGCGCAAGACGAAGCCCUACAAGGAGGUCGAUGUGCAAGACUUCUCCCUCAGCUGGUCUGACGGACUUGCUCUAUGCGCUCUCAUACACUGUCAUCGACCUGACCUGAUUGACUACGCCAAGCUUGACAAGACCGAUCGACAUGGGAACACCCGCUUAGCGUUCCAAAUCGCUGAGGAACACCUCGGAAUUCCUCAAUUGCUCGAAGUUGCAGAUUUGUGUGACAGCCAGCGCCCGGAUGAACGCAGUGUCAUGACUUACGUUGCGGGUUACUUCCACGCGUUCUCAUCCAUGGAGCAAACGGAGACCGUCUCGCGACGUGUCGAGAAGUUUGCCGAGCUCAUGCAAUCUGUAUGGGUGUCCAGGAACGACUACGAGCGACGCGUUCGCGAGCUGCUGCGCUCCAUGUCCGAGAUGCGCGCAAACUGGGCGGCCAAAUCGUUUGUCGGCACGUAUUCCGACGCACGCCAACACGCCGCCUCGUUUCAACAAUACAAGCAGACCACGAAACGCUCUUGGGUCACUGAGAAGCAAGACGUCGCGACUCUCUUUGGUAACGUGCAGACCAAGCUGAAGACAUACGGCUUGCGAGAGUACGUUCCACCACCAGGGUUGUCUCAGGCAGACGUAGAAGGCGCGUGGAGCACGUUGCUGAACGCAGAAGCUGAGCGGUCGAAAGCUAUCAACGCGGAAAUCCGGCAGAUCAAGGAGAAUCUGCGCCACACGUUCGCCGACCUCGCGAAUGAUUUCGAGCGACGCUUACGCCUCAUAUCGACGGAACUUGUCUCAAUAGAGGGGCCGCUCGAGGAACAAAUGGACCAAGUUCGCGAGUUACAGACGCGCAUGCCGAUCCUCUCCGACUCAUUACAUGCCGUCGCCGCCGCGGACAGCGAGUGUCUCGACGCGAAUGUGGACGAGAAUGACUACACGGUGUUCACGCUGGAAGAUCUGCGGUUCGAGCUCGAACUGCUCUCCCAGAGUAUCACGAAAAAGAUUGCAUUUAUCGACAACCAGAUUGUUUCUCGGAACAUGACGAACCUCACACCAGCGCAACUCGAGCAGUUCGAGAGCACAUUCCGGUACUUCGACAAGGACGAGUCGAACACGCUCAACCAGUCUGAGAUGGCUGCCGCGCUCGCGAGCUUGGGCAUCGUCUACUCGGACAUGGACAUGGAUCUCAUCUACGAUCAAGUGCUGCAGGACUACGGCGCGGUCACGUUUGAGGCGUUCAUCAACCUCUUGGUUACCAUCAUGGAGGACCAGACAUCUCCUGAGCAACUGCGGGAGUCUUUCCGUGGCAUCGCUGCGGACAAGCCUUAUGUUACGGAGCUCGACCUGCGCGUGGCACAAGUGCCCGCAAGCGCGAUCGACUUCCUCCGCCAGGCGAUGCCGUCGUAUGAGAACGACGUUGGAGAACCCGAAUACGACUACGAGAGGUGGCUUGACGAGGUGUUCGAGGGGGAUGAGCGGUGACACUGCCUCGACUGCGUACGGUCUGGGUCGCGCGGCGCGGCGCUGGGCGCGUGUUUGAGCUACGCAUACGUUAAGCAUCCGACGACAUAAACUACUGUAUUUAGUACCAAU